CCUGCCUGACUGCCCGUCUCCUAGGCCACUAAACCCCAGACAUUCCUGAAGUAAGGUGAGGGCAAGACUUGGAAAGCAGAGCAGAUGCCUGAGCUGCACCGAGAGCCACCUCCACUCCCAGCAUGGCUCCGACGCAGCUGUGGCUCCUUCUGGUGUGGGCAGCCGAAGUAUGGGCAGCCAGGCCCAGGACUGAGCUUCUCAAUGUCUGCAUGAAUGCCAGGCACCACAAGGAAAAGCCAGGCCGGGAGGACAAGCUGCACGAGCAGUGCAGUCCCUGGAAGAAGAACGCCUGCUGCUCAGUCAACACCAGCCUGGAAGCCCAUAGGGAUGUCUCCCUCCUGUACAACUUCAACUGGGACCACUGCGGCCCCAUGGCUCCCGCCUGCAAGCGCCACUUCAUCCAGGACACCUGCCUGUAUGAGUGCUCCCCCAACCUGGGGCCCUGGAUCCAGGAGGUGAACCAGAGCUGGCGCAAAGAGCGGAUCCUGAAUGUGCCCCUGUGCAAAGAGGACUGUGAGAGCUGGUGGGAAGACUGCCGCACCUCCUCCACCUGCAAGAGUAACUGGCACAAGGGCUGGAACUGGACCUCAGGGAUUAAUGAGUGCCCGGUGAAGAAUGCCUGCCACCGCUUUGAUUUCUACUUCCCCACGCCUGCUGCUCUGUGCAACGAAAUCUGGAGUCACUCCUUCAAAGUCAGCAACUACAGCCGAGGCAGUGGCCGCUGCAUCCAGAUGUGGUUUGACCCGGCACAGGGCAACCCCAACGAGGAGGUGGCCAGGUUCUAUGCAGAGGCCAUGAUGAAUGGAGCUGAGCUCCAUGGGGCCUGGUCUCUCCUGCUUGGCCUGGCCCUGCUCCUGCUGCUCAGCUGAGCUCCCUUUACCUUCUGAUACCUGGUCAUCCCCCCACAGUUCAGCCCCGAGGCUCAGCUCCCAUGGUGGGAGCUCUGUCCAACAGUUUGAAUAAACUAGUUACCU